GGCCGCUUCUCCCGGCCGCUGCUGCUGCCGCCGCUGUUGCUGCUGCGGGCACCGCGGAGUUGGUGCCCGGGGCCGGGGCGUACGUGCGCCUAGGGGACCGGCCCCGAUGAAGCGGAAGGAGAAGCGGCUCCUGCAGGCUGUGGCGUUGGGGCUGGCGGCCCUCGUCUUCCUGCCCAACGUGGGGCUGUGGGCUCUCUACCGGGAGAAGCAGUUGGAGGGCGGCCCCGGGGGUGCCGAGGCGGCGGCGGCGGCCAGAGAGGGGCUCGCACAGGGACAACAAAGAAGACAAAGGAAGGACAUCUAUUUUGAAGAUGGUCAGAGGAGAAAAGACUGGCAUGAUAAAGAAGCAAUCAGGAAAGAUGCUGAGCGAAUAGGAAAUGGAGAACAAGGAAAGCCUUAUCCCAUAACAGAUGCAGAACGAGUGGACCAGGCAUACAGAGAAAAUGGAUUUAAUAUCUUUGUCAGUGAUAAAAUUGCUCUGAAUCGAUCCUUACCUGAUAUCCGGCACCCAAACUGCAACAGUAAACUGUACCUAGAAAAGCUCCCCAAUACCAGCAUUAUCAUCCCGUUCCACAACGAAGGUUGGUCCUCUCUCUUGCGCACCGUCCAUAGUGUGCUGAACCGUUCUCCACCACAGCUGGUGGCUGAGAUCGUGCUGGUGGAUGACUUCAGUGACCGAGAACAUCUGAAGAAGCGUUUGGAAGAUUACAUGGCCCAAUUUCCAAAUGUAAGAAUCCUCAGAACCAAGAAGAGGGAGGGACUCAUAAGGACUCGGAUGCUGGGGGCUUCAGUAGCCAUUGGAGAUGUCAUUACAUUUUUGGACUCACAUUGUGAGGCUAAUGUCAAUUGGCUACCACCUUUACUAGACCGUAUCGCUUCGAACCGAAAGACCAUCGUGUGCCCAAUGAUUGACGUGAUUGAUAAUGAUCACUUUGGGUAUAAGACACAGGCAGGAGAUGCUAUGCGGGGAGCAUUUGACUGGGAGAUGUAUUACAAGAGGAUUCCCAUCCCUCUGGAAUUGCAGAAAUCUGAUCCCAGUGAUCCAUUUGAGUCUCCUGUAAUGGCUGGAGGACUAUUUGCUGUGGAUCGAAAGUGGUUCUGGGAAUUGGGAGGGUACGAUCCUGGCCUGGAGAUCUGGGGUGGAGAACAGUAUGAAAUCUCCUUUAAGGUGUGGAUGUGUGGAGGCCGAAUGGAGGACAUUCCCUGCUCCAGAGUAGGUCACAUCUACAGGAAAUAUAUCCCCUACAAGAUCCCUACAGGAGUCAGCUUGGCCCGGAAUCUGAAACGAGUGGCAGAGGUGUGGAUGGAUGAAUAUGCAGAAUACAUUUACCAACGCCUUCCAGAAUACCGCCAUCUCUCCACAGGGGAUGUCACUGCCCAAAAGGAUCUCCGAAACCACUUAAACUGCAAAAGCUUCAAGUGGUUCAUGACUGAAAUUGCCUGGGAUCUGCCUAGGUAUUAUCCUCCAGUGGAGCCUGCAGCAGCUGCCUGGGGAGAGAUCCGCAAUGUAGGAACCCAGCUGUGUAUAGGCACAAAACAUGGUGCCCCAGGUUCCCCUCUGAGAUUAGAAAGCUGCGUCAAAGGCCGAGCGGAGGCAGCAUGGAGUAAUGUGCAGGUGUUUACCUUCAGUUGGAGAGAAGAUAUCCGUCCUGGAGAUCCCCAACACACCAAGAAGUUUUGUUUCGACACUAUCUCCCAUAGCAGUCCUGUGACACUCUAUGAUUGUCAUGGCAUGAAAGGAAACCAGCUAUGGAAAUAUGUAAAUGGCAAGACUCUAUAUCAUCCUGUCAGUGGUAGCUGUAUGGACUGUACUGAGAGUGAUCACAGGGUCUUCAUGAAUACUUGCAACCCAUCGUCUCCCACACAGCAAUGGAUAUUUCAGUACACAAACUCAACUGUCCUGGAAAAAUUCAACAAGAACUCUGACCUAUAAUCAUAGCAAAUAACUAUGUGUGCCUGUGUGUGUGUGUGUGUACAUAUAUAUAUAUGUGUGUGUGUGUGUGUAUAUAUGCAUAUGUAUAUCAUGCACACACUCCCCUAAACACACAUGCACACAUAUUACAACUAUUUUUUUUAAUUGGUGAAGGAAAGAGAUUUUUUUAAAGGAAUAAUUUUUUAAAAACACAAUUAAUGUCCCAGGAAAUAUUUUCAGAGGUGGAAGAGAAGACAUGAUCUAAAGGACAAUAUUAAUUUUUACAAUGCUGUAGCACUCACUCCCUCAAUACCUCUCUCUAUUGGGAAGAUUGAGAAUAUUCAGGACUUUUAUCAGAACUGAUGUUCCCUCUAAAUCAGGCCUGAAGCCACCCAUCCCAGGAACAGAAGGCCUGACCAGCUCUGGUGCUUCUCCCCCAAAGAAUGCAGCUGAUUUGGUAGGGAGGUUGGAAAGAUGCCCCUGUGGGGUAUCAAAGUUUUCCUGGGUGAUUUCCUCAGCAUAUCUGAGUUUUUAUCUUCUUCACCUAACCCUCUGCCAAAGGAAGGUUUCAUAGAAGUUAUUUGAUCAAUAUUGGGCAAAAAUGCAGAUAAAAGGGUGGGAAAGUUCUCAAAAUCUUGGAUUGGGAAAGAUUUAAAGGGUCCACAACAGUAAAGAUUGUCAACUACAUUGGACUAUAUGUUCUACAUUAUUUUUUGAACAUUUAUGAGAUGGAUAUGGAUUCAGGAGCCCCAAAAGACCAGUAGUUUCAUUACUGUGGGUCUGACCUUUAACUUACAUAUGUUGGUCAUAAUAUAGGCUGCACCUUGGCUCUAAUCUGCUUAUCUAAAAUGGGAGCUCAAUCUCUUUAUUGAUAUCUAUUUGCCCUGCCCUUGACCUUCUGAGGCAGCCUGGAGCAAGGUUGUAAUUUGCAGUUGGUCCCUACCAGCCUUUAUUUUUUUUCUCUUUUACAUGAAUGCAGUUUUGGAAAUUUGCUCAAGGUACCUGUUUGUCAUUUUCCCUAGAAUUCUCUACAUUACAAUCCUGAUUUGCUGACCACCACCAGCCAAACAUCCAACUUUUACAGUAAAUUUAUUUUUGUAUAGUAA